AUGGCCGGCGAAACACCAGAGAAGGGCGAUAAAGUAAGCUGGAACUAUGGAGGUGGCGCGCCUGGCGGCACAGUCGCCGAGACAAAGACCGAGGGCGAUGUCGCGAUCAAGUCGAAGCGCGGCAACACGAUCAAGAAGAAGGCCGAGCCCAAUAACCCAGCCGUUCACAUUGAACGUAGCGGCAACGAUGUCGUCAAGAAGGCCUCUGAGCUAAACAUCGACAAGAAAGCUUCCGGUGCCAAGUCCAAGGCCAAGGACGACAAGAAGCGCAAGGCUGAUGACGAGGAAGAAAAAGAAGAAGAAGAGACAAAGGAUGACGACAAGCACGAAGAACAUGAUGGCAAGGAAGUACGAAAGGGUGGAAAGACCGCCAAGGCCAGUGCUGCUACCAAGAAGCAGAAGAAGACGCCUGAGCCUGCCAAGGAAGAGGAGAAGGAGAAAGAUAAGAAGAAGACUCCAGAGCCUGCUAAGGAGAAGAAGGAGACUAAGAAGGAUGAGCCCAAGCAGGACGCUGAGAAGAAGGCUAAAGGUCGUCCCAAGGGCACUACCACUGCAGCGAAGAAGGAUAAGAAGGAGACAGCUCCACGAGCAGGUGGUGAUCUAGUCAGCACGCGAACACGUAGUCAGGCUAAGAAAUAG